UUAAAGAUUGCGCUUUGCAUGUGAACCUUAAAAACACUAAGAAUAUAUUUAUUUUUUUAUUUGUUUUGCAAAAUGAGUACUUUGAAAGGACGGAAAUUCAUUGCCUUUAUUUCAAUGAUUGUUGGUGGAAUUGGUCUGGCUGUUUACCCAAUUAUAAUCGAUCCAAUGAUUAAUACCGACAAAUAUAAAAAAAUUCAAGAACAAACGAGAGCUGGUGUUAAUCAGGAAGCAAUUCAACCUGGAGGCAUGAAGGUGUGGUCAGAUCCAUUUGGACGGAAAUAGAAUUAAAAUAAGACGUUUUAGUAUUUAUAAAUAUAAAAACUUGAAUAUGAUUUAAAGCAACAAUUAAUCGACAUUUUUUUAUACAAAUAAUAUGUUCAUUGUUGUACGAGAUUAAUGGAUUUAUUUCCGCUUUAAAUGGGAAUAAAAACACCGUUCGUAUUGUUAAA